GGAGAGCAUCCUGGGACCGGAAGGAAGUGAGAACUCCAGCAGCCGAUCUGGACGUCCGUAAAGUCGCGUGGUAAGAGGCCCGCGGCGGUUUAAAGCUGCUUGCUGCUAGAACGUGUGGCUCGUGUGCCGAGGCCAGAGUGGCCGAAAUCCCGGUGUCGCUGCAGAACGUGAAGCCGAGGGAGAGCCAUGGUUGGGAGAUCCCGGCGGCSGGGAGCGUCCAAAUGGGCAGCAGUGCAAGCCAAGGCAAGUGGCACCACCGCGUAUGAAAAUGAAGAUUUAGGAUCGCCACCCUCACCUGGAGACUCCAGCUACUACCAGGAUCAGGUAGAUGAUUUUCAUGAGGCACGAUCUCGGGCAGCCCUGGCCAAGCGCUGGAGCGAGGUUGAGAGUGGGGAUGAGGAGGACGGUGAUGAGGAGGAGGAGGUGCUGGCCUUAGACACUGACGACGAAGAUGGAGAGAGUGAGGGGGAUGAGGAAAAUGAUGAUGAUGAUGAUGAUGGUGAUGAUGAUGAUGAUGGUGAUGGUAGUGGAAGCUCCGUGCAGAGUGAAAAUGAGGCUUCCGUGGAUCCCAGUUUGUCGUGGGGUCAGAGGAAAAAACUUUACUAUGACACAGACUAUGGUUCCAAAUCCCGGGGUCGGCAGAGUCAACAAGAAGUAGAGGAAGAGGAAAAAGAGGAGGAGGAGGAGGCAAAGGUAAUUCAGCGGCGUCUAGCCCAGGCCCUACAAGAGGAUGAUUUUGGAGUUGCCUGGGUGGAGGCCUUUGCAAAACCAGUGCCUCAGGUAGAUGAGGCUGAGACACGGGUCGUGAAAGAUUUGGCUAAAGUUUCAGUGAAAGAGAAGCUGAAGAUGUUACGAAAGGAAUCACCAGAGCUCUUGGAACUAAUAGAAGACCUGAAAGUCAAGUUGACAGAAAUGAAGGAUGAGCUGGAGCCAUUGUUACAGUUGGUGGAACAACGGAUUAUUCCAUCCGGAAAAGGAAGCAAAUAUCUGAGAAUCAAGUAUAACCUCUACCUGAACUAUUGUUCCAACAUCAGUUUUUAUUUGAUCCUAAAAGCUAGAAGAGCCCCUGCACAUGGACAUCCUGUCAUAGAAAGGCUUGUCACCUACAGAAAUCUAAUCAACAAACUGUCAGUUGUGGAUCAGAGGCUGUCCUCUGAAAUUCGUCAUCUACUCAAAGGUGAUGCUUUAAAGAAAGAACUGAAUGCAAAAGCAAGAUUCACCAAGGCCAAGCCAAAGUCUGUUUCAGAGGCUUCUGCUGCUUCAGCUAUUGAUCUCUCUGAUGGUUCUGAUAUUGAUGAAGAAGAUGCACUGAAAUUCUACAAAGAAAUGGAUGACAGGCAAAAGUUGAAGAGAAAGAUAGAAGAAAAUAGCAUUGAAGAACAGGCUCUUGAAGAUCAAAAUGUAAAGAGAGCCAUUACCUACCAGAUUGCCAAAAAUAGGGGACUUACACCUAGAAGAAAGAAAAUCGAUCGCAAUCCCAGAGUGAAACAUAGGGAGAAGUUCAGAAGAGCCAAAAUUCGAAGAAGAGGCCAGGUUCGAGAAGUUCGUAAAGAAGAGCAACGCUAUAGUGGUGAAUUAUCUGGCAUUCGUGCAGGAGUUAAAAAGAGCAUUAAGCUUAAGUAAAAUUUUUCCUGAACUUACAUAAGGUUUUUGGUAAUAAUUUUAGAUCAAUAAAUUUUUGUUUUAACUGAAGUGAUUGUAUUUAUGUAUACCAUAUAAUCUUUCAAAAAUGUUAGUCAACAGGCAUAUUUUGCCUGAGUUAUUGAUUAAUUUAUAUGCUGUUUGAUUUACAUUAAAGUCUUACUAAGGAACUGAGAGAGCAGUAUGAAGAUGCUUGGGGAAAGAUAUUGUUGAAAAAAGUUCUCCAAUAUUUUGUCAGGUAUUCGCCUAAGAAAAUUUCCCAGCUGAUUGUGGAACUUUACUGAAACUUAUUUGUGUAACUUUUCACAUUCAGAGAAUGCAACUCUGGCAGUCAACUUAUUUGUAACAUAACCUAUAAAAUAGUUCUGGUGUAUAUUUCAUUUACCCACCUACGAUUCUUGAGUAGGAUUCUUAUUAAUAUGUGGAUUUAAGGUUAAACUGAAUUUUGCACAUUCURUGGUAAAAGCAUGGGAAUAAAGAAUUUUAGCUAAAAGUAGAAAAAGAUAUACCUAAAUUAUAGCAAUUUGUGAAUACUUUCUAGUAGUCUUUCAUGUGGUAAAUAAGGCAAAAGUUCCAUUUUCCCCUUUUUUUUGUGGUGGUAAUUUACAGUGGUUCCUGUUAAUAUUCAUAUUCCCUUUACUGAAAAUUUGUUAUGAUUGCUAGUAGGUAAGUGAUGACUUUAAGUGGUAACAAAGUUACAAUUUUAUUUAUAGUUAUUCUAAUCUUCAUAAUUGAAAAAUAUUGUUAGUGCACCUAAAAAUACUUAGGAUGAUACCAGGGAAGAAAAUGAGAAUAUAUUGAA